CAUCCGUCCGACUUCACUUCCUUCGCGGUAGAGAAGCGGGGAGACCUCGAGGAGGAGGGGGAGGAGAAGGAGGAGGAGAAGGCAGCCCGUCCGCGCCCCCAGCCCCCAGCCCCCAGCCAUGGGCCCCCCGCUAGCGCUGCUGGGCGCUGGCUCCGCGCACCUCGCCCUGGGUUACUGCUACUGCUGCCUGCUGCUCUUCGUCGCCUCUGCGUCCGCGGCCGAAGGGCUCGGAAAGGGUUUUGGGGAUCACAUUCACUGGAGAACACUAGAAGAUGGGAAGAAAGAGGCUUCUGCCAGUGGGCUGCCCCUGAUGGUCAUCAUCCAUAAGUCCUGGUGUGGUGCCUGCAAAGCCUUAAAGCCCUUGUUUGCGGAGUCCAAGGAGAUCUCAGAACUUGCCCACAAUUUUAUUAUGGUCAAUCUUGAGGACGAAGAAGAACCCAAGGAUGAAGCCUUUAGUCCUGAUGGUGGUUAUAUUCCGAGAAUCCUUUUCCUGGAUCCCAGUGGCCAGGUCCGCCCUGAAAUCACCAACGAGAAAGGGAACCCCAGCUACAAGUACUUCUACAUCAAUGCUGAGCAGGUGGUUGAGGGGAUGAAGGAAGCCCAGGAAAAGCUGACAGGUGACUCCUUCAGAAAAAAACAUCUGGAAGAUGAGCUGUGAUGGGGCUGGGAGCUCACCCCUUCCUUCAGUGAAAUUAAAGUGUGGGGAGGAAUCUUCUCAUGGAAAAUACUAAGAGAUAAUGGCUUGCACUGGAAUGUAGGACCUGCCCUUCUAGGAAAGGGCUCUGUCCUCUUGAGAAAAUCCAGUUUUCCCAUCCAGUUGCAUGCCCUGGGAUUCCUCCCCUCCUUCCCUACCACCUUUCCACUGAUUUGCGUGUUUGCUGGUUACUGUUUGGUCUGAGAAUGGGCAUUGGAUUGCCUUGUGGACGGGCCCUCACCACUUGUGUGUGGCCACUCAGCUUCUUAUCCCUUCUUGCCUGUCCUCCACACCUGACUCACAAGGGCAUUGAAAGUGUGGGCAGGAACAUCGGCCUUGAGCAAACCAGCCCAUCUGUUUCUGUUUCCAAAGGAAAACUGGAAGGUUGGUCUAUGGCUCAGGGCCCACAGGGAAACCAGGGAAUAUUAGUUCCCUGCCCUUGACCUUCCUUCCUCCCUCUCUCUCAUUUUCCCUGUUUUUUCCAGGAAUUAAGUAAACUCUGAAUCAGUUCUCCUUCUCUAACCCCUCCCCCAUUGCCGUGUCUGAGCAAGGCCUCACCUUCUAGAGAUCCUUUCUAGUCAUUUCAUCACACUGUAUUUUUGUACUAGGGUUUGGAAAAUGACUUGUAGUUUAAUUAAACUUUUAAUAAUGCUUUAAAGGAAA